AUGAGUGAUAACUUAAUGGACAAAGUUAAUGCUCUCGGUGAGCGCCUCAAAAUUGGUGGAUCUGAGGUCAGCCAGAAGAUUACCGCAGGCAUGAGUUCCAUGAGUUUCAAGAUGAAGGAGUUCUUUCAAGGUCCUAACCAAGCUGAUAAUCUCGUUGAGGAAGCAACAGCCGAGUCUCUAGAUGAACCUGAUUGGGCUACAAAUCUUGAACUCUGUGACAUGAUUAACCAUGAAAAAAUCAGCAGUAUUGACAUGAUUCGUGCCAUAAAGAAAAGAAUCAUGCUGAAGAACGCUAGGGUUCAGUACUUAACUCUAGUGUUACUCGAGACUGUAGUCAAGAACUGUGAGAAGGCCUUUUCUGAAGUUGCUGCAGAAAGAGUGCUUGAUGAAAUGGUGAAGAUGAUUGAUGAUCCCCAAACUGUUGUCAAUAACCGAAACAAAGCUCUAAUUUUAAUUGAAGCAUGGGGAGAGUCUACUGAAGAGCUCCGGUAUCUUCCUGUUUAUGAAGAAACAUACAAGAGUUUGAAAUCAAGAGGAAUACGAUUCCCUGGACGUGAUUCCGAGAGCUUGGCUCCUAUAUUCACACCCCCUCGUUCCAUUCCACCUUCGGAAUCAUAUCCCAUUCCUCAUCCUCCACAACAGAUUCCUCAAGAGAUUCCGAUUCAAAGCAUGUCAGCAGAACAAACAAAAGAAGCCUUUGAUGUUGCAAGAAACAGUCUUGAGCUUCUGUCUACUGUUCUAUCCUCAUCACCUCAACAGGACGCUUUGCAGGAUGACUUGACCUCGACACUUGUGCUGCAAUGUCGCCAAUCACAGCUAACUGUUCAAAGAAUGGUGGAGACAGGUGGAGAUGAUGAGGCGUUGUUGUUUGAGGCUUUGAGUGUGAAUGAUGAGAUCCAGAAGGUUUUGUCAAAGUAUGAAGAAAUGAAGAAACCUAAUGAGGUGCAACGGGAACCAGAACCUGCUAUGAUUGCUGUUGCUGCAGAGCCUGAUGAGCCAUCUCAUGUGGGGAAAGAAGAAUCUUUGAUUAGAAAGCCUGCAGGGUCUCGUGGGAACAACAGCAGCAACAACAACAACAAUGAUGAUAUGAUGGAUGAUCUUGAUGAGAUGAUCUUUGGGAAGAAAUCUGGUACCUCUGCUUCACCAAGAAAGGAUCAAAAGCCCAAAGAUGAUCUUAUUAGUUUUUAGGGUUAUAUAGCACAUUACUUUGUCACACUCUGGUCUUUAUGAACAUGAAUUUGGAUUCUUAUUUUGUGUCUUCUUUUAUUUUUAUAUUUUGGUUUGGGAAAGAUUAUAUGUGUAGCUUUACCACUAUUUCUACAAGCAUUUUGUGUUAAAAACAAGUUGGUUGUGGUUUGAACGGUUGCUAGAUUUUUACUCUAUAGAAACAAAAGAAGUUAUGUGACAAUCUGUUGGCAUAUUCUCACCUUUGUUGUUUCAAGUUAGAGCCCAAAGUUUCCUAAUCGCUGAUGCAAGUUCCUGUUUGUUGCGUAAAUGUUAGGGUAUUAUUACCCUUGUAAUGUGCUAUGAUGAAAACUAGUUAUCUACUUGUGAAUUUGGAUUGUUUGUAACAUCGUUUACAUACCAAG